AUGAGUACAACUGUCUCUGGUCAGCGAGACAAGCACAGCCUUGGGUAUGCAAUUCGAUCUGGUCUCGCCGGCGGACUCGCAGGAUGUGUCGCAAAGACAGCGGUAGCACCACUUGAUAGAGUAAAAAUCCUUUUUCAAGCCUCCAAUCCCGAUUUUCAGAAGUAUGCUGGAUCGUGGACAGGUGCAUUCAGAGCUGGUCUCGCAAUAUAUAGAGAUGCAGGCACUCGAGGACUUUUGCAAGGACAUUCGGCAACUCUUCUCCGUAUAUUUCCCUAUGCAGGUAUCAAGUUCAUGGCUUAUGACCAGUGGCGUGCGGUUUUGAUUCCGAGUAAAGAACAUGAGACCAAUUUGCGACGAUUCACGGCUGGAGCACUCGCAGGAAUGACCUCCGUCACGUUCACAUACCCGUUAGAGUUGAUUAGAGUCCGCAUGGCUUUUCACAGUCGCGUUGCAGACCAGUCGGCACGGGCUCGUCCUUCCUUCUUCCGCGCCAUGACCGACAUCUAUCGGGAGGGUGCUGUGUCACAGACUUCUGCCGCAUCAACAGCCGGUUCAACGCAUAUAUUUCACCGCUUUCCGAUCCUUAAGUUCUACCGCGGCUUCACUGUCACCAUGGUCGGCAUGAUCCCUUAUGCUGGCACUGCAUUUUUGACAUGGGACUUUCUCCGCGCUCAUUUUUACCCUGUCCGAGAUGACACCUCCAUACGGCCUGGUAUUCUGGCUAAUCUUGCCAUCGGCGCUAUAUCGGGUGCAAUCGCCCAGACCGUAUCUUAUCCACUUGAAGUGACACGACGUCGUAUGCAAGUCGGCGGCAUCACGCGCCCGGAUCGCUGGCUUGGAUGGGGAGAGACAAUCAGGGCGAUAUAUGCCUCUGCUGGGAUAAGAGGGUUCUAUGUUGGCCUAAGUGUAGGCUAUUUGAAAAUUAUCCCAAUGAACGGGAUAAGUUUCGCAGUCUGGCAGGGCUGCAAGUGGCUAAUGGACCUUUGA